AUGUCUAUUCCUAACGAGGCACUGCAGAAGAUUCUGCAAGAAAUCGAAGCUCGCGCCAUUGCCUCCCAGCAACAGAUUGGGGUCACCAAGGCCCAAAUCACGACGAAACAGCGUGAUAUCCGCAUGCUGCAACUGACGUCCAAAGAACUUGCCGGAUUACCAUCAGAAACGCCGGUCUACGAAGGCGUAGGGAAAAUGUGGGGGUUCGUCAACGUCCCGAUUGAUACGGUCAACAAGCGACUCACCCGUGAGAGCGCCGAGGCUGCUUUGGAUAUUACCAACCUGGAGAAGAAGCUGCACUACCACGAAACCACGCAUAAGAACAGUCGCGAGAACUUGGAACAAAUAUUGAAAUCGGGUGGGCGUGCAUGA